AAGCUCUGUUAAGUUUUUAACACUACCGAUCUUGGUGAAGUUUCCUCAGAAGUGGUGCUGAUCAUGUUCGCUUGCUGCCUGUGCUGCUGAAAUAAUGUAGCAGAAAUGAUAGCCGAGCCCAACACAGCCAGCAACCUUCCCAGCCAAAAAGAGAAUGCUGUCCAUGAUGAGACUGUGCCUGAGUCUGCUGUGCAGAAUGGCAGCUGUGUGAGAAAUGGCAACCUGAAGACACCAAGAGAGAAACGGAAGGUCCGAGAACAGUGUGAAAACAUAAGAAGAAAUUCUUCCAGUAGCAGAAGAGUGAGCCGGCUGCAGAAUGGCGAAGUGGUUGAGGCAGUUACGUUGUUUGAAGUGGUUAGCAUGGGGAAGCGGGCCAUGCAGUCUGUAGUAGAUGACUGGGUUGAAGCUUAUAAACAAGAGAGGAAUGUGGCGCUUCUAGAUCUGAUCAACUUCUUCAUUCAGUGCUCAGGCUGUCAAGGCAUGGUAACAGCAGAGAUGUUUCAAAGUUUGCACAAGAAGGAUAUCAUGCAAAAAAUGACAGAGACCUUUGAUGAGGAAACCGGGUUGCAGUACAAGAAAUUCAUGGCCUAUCCUUGGAUCCUGACAGUUACUUGGCCGGUGGACAUGGACAAUGAAGACUACCCGCUGAUCAGAACAGGACCCUAUUGGAAGAAGUUCAAGGCCAAUUUCUGUGAAUUUAUUGCAGUGCUUGUCCAACAGUGCCAGUGCAGCAUCCUGUAUGAUAGCUACUUGAUGGACACUAUCAUCUCACUGCUUACAGGCUUAGCAGACUCCAUGGUCAGAGCAUUUAGACACACAAGCACUUUGGCAGCAAUGAAACUUCUGACAGCAGUUGUAAGCGUACAUCUGAACCUUGAUAUCAACAAGCACAAUGCUCAAAGAUUAUAUGAGGUGGAGAAGAAGAGGAUAAGUGGCAAGAGGACCAAUUACAGACUUGACCAGCUGGAGAGAAAAAGGAAAGAGUAUGAGCAUAAGCUUCUAGAGGUACAGAACAUGAUGAAUGCUAUUUUCAAAGGGACGUUUCUAAACCGUUACCGUGAUGUGAUCCCCGAGAUCCGAGCAACUUGCAUUGAAGAAAUUGGCAACUGGAUUAAAACAUACCCAGAUGCUUUUUUAAAUGAUAGCUACUUAAAAUACAUUGGGUGGAUGCUGUAUGAUAAGCAAGCUGAAGUGCGGUUGAAGUGUCUUCUGGGACUACAGGGAAUUUAUAGCAGAAAAGAACUUGUUUCCAGGAUGGAUCUCUUUACUAGUAGAUUCAAGGAUCGAAUUGUGUCCAUGCCUCUGGACAAGGACCAUGAAGUAGCAGUUCAAGCCAUGAAACUCUUGAUGCUUAUGUCACAGAACUGUGAGGAUGUGUUAUCAACUGAAGACUGUGAAACAUUAUACCAGUUUGUUUAUACCACACACCGUCCGCUUGCAGUAGCAGCUGGGGAAUUCCUUUAUAAAAGGCUGCUUAGUCAUGAGGGAGAUGAAGAAGUUCAGCCCAAAGGAGGAGGGAAGUUUGGGUCGAGUACUGACCAGUUGAAAAGAUUAAUAAGUUUUUUCCUGGAGAGUGAGCUACACAAACAUGUUGCAUACCUCAUAGACAGCUUGUGGGACUGGGCAGGCAAAUUCCUGAAGGACUGGGAGUGCAUGACCACUCUUCUGUUAAAAAAUGCUGAAGAAGAUGGAGAAGCACUGAGUGAUGCCCAUGAAAGUGCUCUCAUUGAAAUUAUCCUCGCAACGGUUAGAGAAGCAGCUGAAGGUCAUCCUCCAGUGGGCAGAGGUCCAGCCAAAAAAAUUCUGUCAGUAAAAGAGAAGAAAAUACAAUUGGAAGAUUGUACCAAAAUUACUGAACACUUUAUUAUAGUGCUUCCUCAGCUCUUGGCAAAGUAUUCAACAGAUGCACAAAAAGUGGCAAAUCUUCUGCAGAUUCCUCAGUAUUAUGAUUUAGAUGUUUACAGUACGGGACAUCUAGAGAAGCAUUUGGAUGCUUUGCUGAGAGAGGUAAAAGACAUUGUGGCCAAACACUCUGACAUGUCUGUCCUUGAGGCUUCCUCCAGGACUUAUUAUAUCCUCUGCAGUGAAGAAAUUGCCAUCUAUAGCCAGGUGGAUCGUGCCCGAACUCAACUGAUAGAUGAGUUGAUGGGACAGCUUAACCAGCUCCUAGACGGCUCCUGGCAAAAGGGAGAAGGAUUUUGUACGGAUGCAGGAGAAAUUUCCCGGAUGCACUCUGCUUUGAGAAGAGUAGCAGCUUUUCAUAAUGCCCAUGAUCUUACGAAGUGGAAUCUGUACGACAAGACUUUAAGGUUGCUGGUGUUUGAAAAGGAACAUAGGAGUUUGCCGGUUCUGAUGAUCCUGCCAGCUCUCCAGUGCACGUAUUUUUCUCUCCUGUGGCAACUAGCUGCAGUUUCGGAAAAGUCUCCCAAGGAGACUCUUUUUGCACUAAGAAGAGAGUUGAGACGUUUCAGUCAGAUUUGCAUGUGCUUCCUCCACCAUAAGGACAAAGAUGUAAGAGAAAAGGCCUUCAUGAUACUCUGUGACUGGUUGCUGAUUUUGAGUCAUCAGGAUUCAAAUAAUAACGAAGAAGCAGUCGGACUUCUAGAUUAUCUUCCUAGCACAUCACUUCAGGAAAAACUGCUUUUGUUUAUCCAGGAACAUGUUUUCAUGGAGGAAGAAGAGGAAAGCAAAGACUUGACAGAAGAGGAAGAGAGAAAGGAUGAAAGUUGUAAACUUGACGACUUGCACAAAAAGCGGAGUCUUCUUGCAGCAUAUUGCAAGUUAAUAGUGUAUAAUGUGGUAGAGAUGACUGCAGCUGCUGAGAUCUAUAAGUAUUAUGUGAAGACCUACAAUGAUUUUGGAGACAUAAUUAAAGAAACGUUAAGCAAGACAAGGCACAAUAACAAAAUUCAGACUGCCAAGACACUGGUUCUCUGUCUGCAGCAGCUGUUUCAGACACAUGCAGAAAGCCAAGACAGCUGUAGCGGUGUGGACUUCUCCUCUGCUUCCUUCACAAAUAUGAAAGAACUUGCUCGUCGCUUUUCACUAACGUUUGGCUGGGACCAAGUGAAAUCUAGAGAAUCUGUAGCCAUGAUACACAAGGAAGGGAUUGAAUUUGCUUUUCAAGGAGCUACUGGAGUAGAUGGAAAAUGCUUGCCUCCUAACUUGAGCUUUCUGUUAAUCAUCAGUGAAUUUUCCAACAAGCUGCUAAAGCCAGACAAAAGACUAGUAUAUGCUUACUUACAGAGGUAUAUAGCAGAACCACUGCCUUGCAGAGGAGACGAAUGGCAGCCGUUGAUUUGGUACAGGAACUCUUUAUUGGCAAAUGAAGAUGAGGAGAGCUCUGUCCUCGGCAGUUCAGGAGAGUGGUCCCCCGUGGGCACAUCUAAGACGUCUUCUUUUAAAAGGAAAUUGUCUAAUGGGUCUUUGCCUGAAACCAGCCAGACGGAAGCAGCGAGCAAAGCUCCAGACCUGCCGUGUGCUUCCCAGCUUGCCUCCGCAGAAGGGAAGAGCAGAAAGAGGCUGAAAUCUCGAGAGAUGCACUUGCAGGAACAUUUGCCAUUCCUUUGUCCAGGAGGGCUGCGGAGAAAAUACUGCAAAGACGAGAUUAAGACAGAAGAUGUCUCAGAGGAGGGUCAAGCAGAAGACACAAUUGAAGAUGUUGAUGUUGACGUGGUUGGUGCAGACCAGGACAGUUAAGAUGCUGAGAGGAUGAUGGAAGUGAAGAACACACUACCGUUUUUUUCUGCAAAUUGUUUAACUGAAAAUGGGGUUGUGAUGGCAUCAACCGAGGCAGCAGGAGAUAUGUAGCAUCAAGUCAAAUCUCUGCCUGUAGGCAUCCACCCAGAAGCAGUUACUAGCACUGCGGUUGAUUUCUCCACAUUGCUGGUUGUGGGCGUUGUUACUGAUUUGGCUGUUCCGCUUCUAAGGUUGUGGGCGUUGUGAACAUCAUUACUCGACUGCAUCCCGGUCCUUGAUGCUGUCUUGGAAAAAUUCCCAACCUAACGAUUGGAAUCAGGGUAUUGACAAGUAUUGAGUCAAAGACUCUCUAAACUAGAUGAGACAAGCUUGCUCAGAUCGGCGCGGGGGCAGCGCUCUCCUGGAUGUAUUCUUUACCAUUUGAGAUAACCAAGACGGGUAUCUACUUGUUUCCUUGUACCUGACCCCGGGGAGAAAGGAGCGUGGCUCGGCUGUGAACACUGUGACCUGCUGGGUGAUGGCAAGCGACUUGGCAGUGCCGUCUCCUGCCUGUAAAAGGGGAAACCUGGAUCAAAUCGUCUGAAAACAUUUCUAAAUUCCAGUGCUUAGAUGUGGUGAGUGGUCUCUGGGGAUCAGGACGCGUUCCCAGGAGACUUGCAUCAAGGCUUCUAAGUAACAAAGAAAGAAACAGCGGACCAGUUGACUAUUUUCCUCUGGAAGAAAUUCUUCAUACACAGUGGUCAUGUGGUAUUUACUUGGAAAAUACGAAGCCUGAAAAGACAAUGUAAAUAGACUGUAAAUACGGCCCUUCAAAAGUAGUUUUUCCGUUACGAAUUUGCAAAUGGUCUUCACUCAAGAGUGUUUCAGAGGCAGUAGGCUGCGGAGUGGUGGCUGCUUUCGCUGACCCUUUGUCGCUGCUCCAUGGAAUUGUACAUUGCAUUAAUCCUAUCAAUAUCAACUUUAUUUUUUUUAUAUAUAUAUAUUUUGGAUUGUAACUGUGUAAAAUAAACUACAGAACCAUUGCUCUCCAUUA